AUGUUCGCCUUCGCCAGCCUCCUCGCCCUCGCCGCCUCCGCCGCCGCUCUCCAGGUCACCCAGCCUUCGAACAGCAGCGGCUGGACCACCAGUGGCCCGAAUACUGUCACUUGGUCGUCGGUCUCCACGGACAACUCCAACUUCUCGAUUGUCCUCAACAACCAGAACACCUACCCUCAGUACAACGAGGUUCUCGAGGCCCUCAUCCAGACCAGCGAGGGAAGCGUUGCCGUGAACCCUCCCAGCGGUGGCUGGGUGGCAGGCACUGGCUACCGCGUCAACUUCGUCAAGAACUCGCAAGAUCUCAGCUCGCUCCUCGCUCAGUCUGAUGACUUCACCAUCGAGCAGAGCUCCUCGAGCACCUUCUCCGCGGUUCCUCUACUGCGUCCAGCUCGGCCUCGUCCACUGGUUCCGUGUCAGUCACCGCAACCGGCUCCUCCGCCUCUGCGGCGUCUGGCUCGUGAGUCUGCCAGCAACACGGACUCCUCGGCCGGGUCCUCUGCCUCCUCUGCGAGCGGAAGUUCCUCUUCCACCAACGCUGCGCCCGGUCUCAACGUCCAGACCGGCGUGUACGGUCUCCUCGCCCUCCUGGGCAUCGCGCUCGCCUAA